GUUGGGCUGGUUUUCUGGUCCCUGCCUGGGGCUCCUGGGUGUCACUGAAUGGCACUGAGACAAGGAACAGCUCCAGUGAACAAAGAAAGGGAGCGCAAGCCUCUGAAGAAAUGAUGAUUAGUGGGAUAACCAGGUUUUGUAGCACAACAGCUUGCAAUUGCAGAGUGUUUGUAUCAAAGCAAGAGAUGUAAGGAGAGGUUCGAAUAGAGGCAGCAAGUUUAACUUGGUGGCUGUUUGCUGGUAACAGUUCCUCUACAUAGCAAUGCAGCGUAGGGAAAACAAACAAACAAAGCACCAUUUGCAAAGUUUUAACACUGACAUCUGUCUGUGUGAUCUGCUCCCUCCUUUGUCCUAUGACAGCGUAAUGCCCUGUAUGCUGGGACAUGGCACAAGGCUGCAGGCACGUAGGGCACCGGGCCAGCGAGUCCCUUGCCAAGGGGCACCUUGGUACUGGCGAGUCAGAUCUGCAGGGCUCUUCAUAUUGGCGUGCUGCAAGGCAGCUGAAAAAGGUUUAGGCUUUGCUCUAGAGCCUAAGCACUGGAGUGAUUUUUUACUUAAAAAAAAAAAAAAUCAUGCAUGCUCAUUUCAUCAGCCAUUGUAACAGGUAUUUACCUCGCUUUUCUACAGAAAAUCUACCCUUAGAUUCCUAUGCCUUUGUUUUUUCACAGCGCACAGCUUGAAAAAUAAACAAGUCCGUCCUGACGUGUAACUGAGCUGAUUGCCACAUUUUCUAGUCACGCCUCUCUGUCGAAAACUUCCCCCACCCUCUUCUAGGUGUUGCCGUGGCAUGUGGUUUGCUUGAUGCAUAGACAAAGCACUGAAAUAAUCUGCCUCUCACCAGGUAGAGUUAUUCUGGAGAGUUAGUGAAGUACAAUAGGAGGCAGCAGUGUAAAUCCCGUAAGUCUGUCUACCUGGCAGAAGCUUUUAACUAGUUAGGCAUCAAUGGCUGUUUAGAGGGUCCUUUUUGUGCUGGAAAGACAUUUUCAUCAGCUGUGGUGGUGUUCUGCUGUGAGAAUAAAUUAUGGAUGCUGCAAAACAGAAUAUGCGUAUGUGGAGAUACAGGAGAUGCUAAUAAAAGAUAUGACAAUUCUUCUAGCACAGCUCCGAAACUGGAAGAAAUGGCAACGGCUGAAAUGUGUAAUUCCCCAAUGUCAACUGAUACAAGUGGUCAUUCUUAUGAUGUAAAACAAGAUGAAAUGAUGGAAAAAAGUACACAGGAGUGGAAUGAACAGCUAGAGAAGGAGUUUUUCAGUGUUCUAAAUGAUCUAGAUGACCAGCUGGCCCAGGAACAAUCCCAAGAUCCACUGGACAGGCCGGUUUCUACUAGCAGUGCUUCAAAUGUGCAGUACAACAGAGGUGCCUUCCCUACUUCAAAGAGACAGACUGCUAGUAGAGGACAACACAGAAAUGACUGGAGUGACAUGCCUAGCACAUUUUUCCCAGAUGGACUGAGAACAAUAAGAGCCCGAGAUGAACACAAGAUUUUCAUUAGACCAAGGAAACUGCACAAUGCAUAUAUGAACUGGCAACAAACCUUACAAGAUGAUUAUAAAUACAGUGAUCCAGUCGAUGGAAAUCCUCAUCUGUUAAGCAGGAGGCUGUCUUCUGUGUCUUUUGGGCGGUCUUCAGAAGGUAGCUUAUAUCCUCCUUCCAUAACACAGAACAGUGGAUUUAGGCACAAGAGUUACAUGAACAGGGAUACAGCUGGCAGGAGUUACUCUGUGUGUUCCCUUCGGAGAUGUCCAUCAUCGGUAUCUUCUGAACAGCUAUCAGCAUCUAGUUUACAACAUCCAUUGGCAAGGGAGAGCAACAAUGGUUUUGUACCAAGGUUUGGUCGACAAAACCCGAAGAGAAUUCCUUUGUCUUCUAUUGUAUGGAACAAUGCACCAGACUCUCCUGGACAAACAUCAGCUCAAGAAAAAAUGUUUAGAACCCAAUCACUGAUGGAGUUUCAUGCUACAGACCAUGGUCGAUACCCUAGCUCUUUGCAAGAAAACAAGAAAUACACAUAUUACCACUCAAAACACCAGUACAGAAGAUCUAUUUCAAGCAGUAAUUGCUUUAGUAGAGUUAGUUGCCCUGACAAAGCUACUUCUCCAUUGUCCUUUGAUAACUGGGAAAAUUAUCCAUUAUACCAAUCAGAAAAUAAUCUCUCCAGAUCAUACCAUAGAGAUAAUUCUCACAGCAAGUUGUAUGCAAACCAAAAAAAUUCUUAUGGAAGGAAAGAGAGUUAUCCUUCUUGGACUGAUAUUCCUCAAUACCACAGUGAUGAUGUGUUUCUUUCUCCUGAUGCCAGCUUUGAUGUGAUUAUGGCUAAUUUAAAUGACCAGCAGUGGGCUCAUACAAGGAAUGCCAAGUUUUCUUCACAGCACCUGCAGAAUGAUUUUCACAUGUGUUCUCCAGAAAAUACAAAUUACAAAACAAUUACAAGAAGUGCAAGUAGAACUUUUUCAGAAUUCACUGAGGGCUGUCAGCCUUGGCUAAGCUGUAACUCUUCGGUUUCUUCAGCUAUUAUCAGAAGUGAUGAAUCAGUCUUACCUAAUUUGAAGGAUCAAACAAAACCUAUAGGACUGAAAAGGAAUUCAGUCAUUGUUACCCAAAGAAGUACUAAGGCAGACUUCACACAACUAGAAAAGGUUGAAGGUAUGAAACUGCCAGAUGAAGUGGAUAUUCAAGACAUGCCGUUAGGGUCUGUUUCUCAACAAGCAGAUACAAGCUACGUCAACACACAGAGUUUUCCCUCAAAUAACUCUGCAUUUGCCACGUUGCAAAGUGGUGCAUCUCUCAUUAACUCACUGAGAUCAAAGAGACAAACCCAAGCCAGUGCCAGAACAGAUACUGCAAAAAUGGAUGCAUCGAACGGCAGUAAAGGAAAUGUACAAAUGAAGGAAAACGAUCGCCCACCCAAUGGUGUAUUCAGUCAGCAUCCCUGUAUUCUGCCAGCUGAUGAGAGCAGAAAGGAACCUUUUCUUCCGAGUCAGAAGGAAUGGAAACAUAAUCUGCAUUAUGUGAGAAAAGGAGAAGGCAUCAAACAGGAUAAUCGGUGUGCAGAAGCAGUUAACCAAGCUCCUCCAAAGGGACUGUCUUCACUGCUGAAUGUUGCUUCUGUGCCAUCCACUGAAAAAUUAGCAAACUGUCAAGGCAUGUCGUCCUGGCCUCCUGACUAUUCAUCUAGUUCCUCACCAAGCUUUCCACAAGCACUUUCUCAUAAAGACAAUUCUAAAUGUUUAGGAACACUAACUAACUCUUCAGCAAGUUGCACAGUUCCUGAAUCUCAUGCGGGAGGUGGAAAAACAGCUCAAGUAAGCAAAAUUGGUGUUACCAAAAAGAUUUCACAGAAAACACCACGAAGUACAAGCACUUUAGUUACUAAGGACUAUAGUGGACAAUUCAAUACUAGUUCUCCACAACAUGGAAGUUCUGGAAAUAUUUAUACACAUAGUUUUGGUGGAGACCCCGAGACCUCUGAACAUAGUUUAAAUUAUUUUUGCCUUGAAAAAGAAAGUGGGAAAAUAAGGAAUGAUUCAUUUGGAAUUGAAAGGCUUCAAAAGCAAGACAACUUACUGAGACAUAGCAGUAGCUGCAGCAUUACUGGCUCCCCUAGCAGAAACAGCUUUAAAUCUUCUGAUCCACUUGUUAUUUAUUACACUUUGCCUAGAAAAUCAGCUAGCAUUGCUGGUAGUAUUAUGUCAGAUACACCCAUCUCUUUCCCUAGAGAAAAUAGAAGGAGUAUGUAUGAUUGUUUAAGGUCUGAAAUUCCCAGUGGAGUUGAUGCCUUUUGUUCUAGUCAAAGAGAUGUGUCUUGUUUAGAAUCAAAACAGUCCUUUUUAACAUCAGCACCAUUAAAUGCUGCUACAAGUAACAGAGAUAAAGAUUACCCCUGUCCUUUAACCAGAAGUCCUAAUGAUUCAGUAAGUGGCAGUGCAUCCAUUGAACUGAGUGAUAGAUGUAGACAUCUAAGCAGAAGAGAAUCCUCUGUGUUUUCAGACUGUAAGGAAAGUGGAAAUGGUUUGCAGAAAUAUAAAACUACAAGCACGUUUACAGUUUGUGUUGAUGAAGAUCAUGUCAAGUAUCAUGAGCUAGUUUCAAUUUAUUACACUUUGCCACGGAGGCAUUCAAAAACAUUUUGUAACCUCUUCAGGGAUAAUGCAGAGGAUGCAGAUUUACCUCUUUCUGAUGACAAUUUUCAGACACCAAGAAUACGAAACAAGAAGAACGAAGGUCAUGUGAGUUUAGCAAAUGUUUUUUUCCCCAGUACUUUAGAAAAAGAGGUGAGUUCCUAUUCUUCGGACCAAGUAUCUUCAACUCUGGUCACGCCUCAGAACUUAGAAACUGUUGUUAAUAGUGAAGAAGAGAAUUCACACUUAUCUCCUGGCUCUGAGAGUGUAUGUACUGCAAAGUCAGUGAGUAUGGUCAAUAAUAGGAAGGGUAGUUCAACAGGUCUUUCAGGAGCAGACAGUAUCUUCUCUGAUGUGGUGACAAAAGACAUUUCUUUCAGUGGUCCACAACCCAUUGCAAUAGUGGCUAACUCAGGUAAGGCCCUUUCUGAUGCUUCAAACAACCAAAGUACGGAAACACAUCUGAAAGGAAAGGAGGACAUUUCUCAAACAGCCGCACCAAUGACGUCCACUUUAUCGACACCCCCCAAAGCAGACAGACUUUUAGACAACUCUCUUUAUUCUACUUCAACAAAUAAGAAUAGUAUACAGAAGGGAAACUCUGCAAACUGCUAUCAGCCUGCUACUGUAAGUACAAAUAAAAAUCAGAACAGUUUACUCCUCCACACAAGGGAGAAGAGUUCUCGUGGAAGGACUGGUAACACAGAGCGUGCUGAUAAGCCACUGCCUCCCAGGGAGGACACAGACAGGGACAGUACCAAAGUCAAACAGGGAAUAAAUUUCCUACACCAAACCACCCCUCUGUAUAAUAAUAAAUGCAGUGGACUGCAGUUAAGAGCUGAUAGUUCAAGAAAUAAUGCAGAUGAUUUAAACUCUUGUAGCAAAAUGCUGCCAGAGUCUCAGAACAAAGCAUUUGAGGUAAGCACACCUUCCAGUGCUGAUCCAUUACUUCAGCUAGACAAAACGGUCAGCACAGAUACAGAUGAGUUAAAGAAUUCAAAAACUAAAAAAGAGCAAAACUCACAGAGUACUCAGAUGGGUAAAGACUGUAGUGGUUUGCAGGAAUCAGAAAGGCCCAGUGAAGGUAGCGUGAACAUUAACAGUAAAGAUAAAGUCAUCAGGGCUGCACAAGACCAGAAAUUAACACAGAGUGCAGAAAACGAGAACAAGCUUCUCUCUGACUGCACAAGAGACAAAGUCAAAGAUAUAGAAAAAAGGAAAAACAGACCUUCCAUUAAAAAUAAACUGGCAGCUGUUUGCAAAACCAGCCGAAAAUUUUCAAGUAAAAAUUUACCCCCCAAACCACACAUAAGUAAUAUUUUUUCACAGAAUGAUGGGAAUGCCGUUUCUUUAGAGGCCAGCAUGUCCCCUGACUCGCUGGUUUCAGCAGAUUGCCAUCAGUCAUCCCUGCAGUCUGAGAAUGAAAAUCAGAAUCACAGUCCAGACAGGAAUAUACAAAUACAAAAACCAGCUGAGAAUAGUAAGAGUGAAAAUGUGCAUGAUCCUUCUUUGCUGGUUAACAACUUAAAUUGGAGGUCUUUUGCAAGCUUAUACACCCAGAAGGAAGCCAUCAGUCCCAAAAAGACUACAAUGAAAGUAGAAAAUAGGCCAAAUCUUACAACCCUAUUUCCAGAUAAAGCAGAAGCCACAAGAAAUAAGAAUUCCCAAACAUUUGAUUUGGGGUUAGAAAACAGAAGCCAGCCCAUCUCACUAAGUGCCACUACAUCAGACCCAGUGGUUGGUGAGAAAAAAAGAGCCAGCAGCAGUGCUUGCAGUCCUCCCCUGCCACUCUUAACUGACAAAAACUCAAACACAUUUGUAAAUAAUUGCUUGCAGAUGAACAUAUGUCCAAAGCAAAACGUGACUUCUCAGACAGCGCUUGGAGAGCAUCAAAACACUUCCCAGUCCAAUAGCUUAAAAAACGCCAACUUGCAGAGCUAUCUGUUGUGCAAGAGUCAAGCAAAAAAUCAACGUGAGCGUCACCUUUCUGAAAGUAUUUGUGGUCAAGAUUCCCAUUCCUUUGCCUCUGGAAGCAAUAUUCUACCAAAGGAUAGCAUACAUGGGAAGAGAUUUAAAUCUUCCUCAGAGCUGUUGUCUUGUGAUGAAAAUGAGAACUGGGCAUCAGAUGAUGAGAAAUGCUACAGCACUAGGAAUUUGAUGUAUCCGUCGGUUGAAUUUGGUAUAUUUGGCAAAGAACAGCAGUUGGCUUUCCUGGAAAACAUCAAGAGGUCACUCACAGAAGGGCGAUUAUGGAGACCUUGUCUUCUUAACAACCCUGGUGCUCUCCGAGACGGAGAGACCCCUUCCAUAAACAGAGCUGCACUUUUCAGCUCAAGUUCUGCUGGGAGCAAAGUAUCAUCAGCUGCUUCAUCCCCCGGAGAGCUGACGGACAUCUAUCAGGAAGACCCAGCUACUUACUCAGACUCAGACACUGAUACUACCACAGACGAUGAGUAUUACCUAGACGAGAUAGAUAAGGAAUCAGAACUGUGACAGCCUGUGGUACGAAGAUGGCAAGAUAGCUUGGUCGUUUUGGGGCAAGCAAAAACAUGUAAAAUACUUUGAGCCAGUUCUUGUGCUGCUAUAGAUUGGUAAUCUUAACUUUCAAAGAAGUUAGUAGUUUAUGUUAGCUGAACGUUUGAGUUUUGUAUUAAAUACGUGGCUUCACUAUUGUUGGUUUUUCCUGGCAGGGG